AUGUCAGUUUCUGGAAAGAAAGAGUUUGAUGUGAAACAGAUCCUAAGGCUACGCUGGAGGUGGUUCAGUCACCCCUCUCAAGGUUCCACAGGCACUGGAGGCUGCCUUCAGGAAGGAUAUGAGCAUAGAGGGACACCGGUUCAGAAUAGGUUGAAGAGCCACUCUCGGGACAGAAAUGGGCUAAAGAAAAACAACAGUCCUGUUCACCACAAUAUACUGGCACCAGUGCCAGGUCCAACCCCUGUGCACCACCGAUCUAUUCAAACCUGGCAUCAACAAAACCUCAUAGAACAGCUGCGAGCAAAUGAGGAUAUCCCCAAAGCAAGCACAGAGGAAAAUUGUGUUAAAGAAGAUUCAAGUAAAAAUAUACAGGAGUUGCAGAUGAUCACAGACGAAAAUACAGAUGAAUCCACUGAGAGAUUAUCAAUAACUAGCUGUUCACCCACUGGAAUGAACACCAAUGGCUCAGAUGAAUACUUCCAAUCUACAAAUCAUGCAGAGCAGACAUUCCGCAAGAUGGAGAACUAUCUCCAGCAGAAGCAGCUGUGUGAUGUUCUUCUCAUUGCUGGAAAUCACAAGAUUCCAGCUCACAGAUUGGUUCUUAGUGCCGUGUCUGAUUAUUUUGCUGCAAUGUUUACUAAUGAUGUGCGUGAAGCAAAAGAAGAGGAGAUCAAAAUGGAAGGAGUGGACCCAGAUGCACUGAAAGCUUUGGUGCACUAUGCCUAUACAGGUGUUUUAGAGUUAAAGGAAGACACUAUAGAAAGUUUGCUGGCUGCAGCUUGUCUUCUCCAGCUGUCUCAAGUCAUUGAAGUGUGUUGCAACUUUCUUAUGAAACAGCUCCAUCCUUCAAACUGCUUAGGGAUUCGAUCCUUUGGAGACGCGCAGGGUUGCAUGGAACUCUUGAAAGUGGCACAUCUGUACACUAUGGAACACUUCACAGAAGUGAUAAAGAAUCAGGAAUUUCUUUUGCUUCCUGCUAGCGAAAUAGCAAAACUCCUGUCUAGUGAUGACAUCAAUGUACCAGAUGAAGAAGCCAUAUUCCAGGCUUUAAUGAUGUGGGUGAGACAUGAUUUGCAAAGCAGGCAACGAGACUUAGGAAUGCUCCUCUCUUACAUUAGACUGCCACUACUCCCACCACAGUUACUAGCAGAUCUUGAAAAUAGCCCAAUGUUCACACAUGACCUUGAGUGUCAGAAACUUCUUAUGGAAGCUAUGAAGUAUCAUCUCCUACCAGAAAGAAGGUCCAUGAUGCAGAGUCCUCGAACUAAACCUAGGAAGUCUACAGUGGGUGCACUUUAUGCUGUGGGAGGCAUGGAUGCUACUAAAGGUACCACUACAAUUGAGAAAUAUGACCUUAGGACAAACAGUUGGAUACAAAUUGGUACCAUGAAUGGUAGACGAUUGCAGUUUGGAGUAGCAGUAAUUGACAACAAGCUCUAUAUUGUGGGAGGAAGAGAUGGCCUGAAAACCUCUAAUACAGUUGAAUGUUUCAAUCCAGCUACCAAAGUUUGGACUAUAAUGCCUCCUAUGUCAACUCACAGACACGGCUUAGGCGUAGCAAUGCUUGAAGGACCAAUGUAUGCUGUUGGCGGUCAUGAUGGAUGGAGUUAUCUUAAUACAGUAGAAAGAUGGGACCCCCAGGCACGGCAAUGGAAUUAUGUUGCUAGCAUGUCAACUCCUAGAAGCACAGUCGGGGUUGCAGCAUUAAAUAGCAAAUUAUAUGCAGUUGGUGGACGGGACGGCAGCUCCUGCUUAAAAUCCAUGGAAUGCUUUGAUCCUCAUACUAACAAAUGGAGUAUGUGUGCUGCAAUGUCUAAGAGGCGAGGAGGUGUUGGUGUUGCAACGUACAAUGGAUUUUUAUAUGCAGUAGGAGGUCAUGACGCACCAGCUUCCAACCACUGUUCUAGACUUUCUGAUUGUGUGGAAAGAUAUGAUCCUAAAACUGACACCUGGACAACAGUGGCACCUUUAAGUGUACCACGAGAUGCUGUUGGCGUUUGUCCUCUUGGGGACAGAUUAUAUGCAAUAGGAGGCUAUGAUGGACACAGUUACCUGGACACUGUGGAGUCAUAUGAUGCACAAAAUAAUGAAUGGACAGAGGAAGUCCCUGUCAAUAUUGGAAGAGCUGGAGCUUGUGUUGUUGUGGUGAAAUUACCAUGAUGGAUGUCCCUGGUGUGAAAUAAACCCUGAGUACAGUUCCAUAAAAACCAUGUGACAGGAGGAGAAGAAACAAGUUCCAGAACAUAAUACAAAUGACAUACCGUAUAUACUCAUUCAUAAUCCGAAUAUUUCUGGUAAAAAAGUGACGCAUCAAGGAGCGGGGUCGGUUUAUAAGCUGGUCUACCACAAAAUAUGAUGAUUUUAAACUCUGUGGAAUCACUGAAUUGAAUAUCUAAUACAUUGUUGUUUUGUUUACCUGGAGCGUCUGCAGGCCACAGGGAGCUGAGGGGCUCCAGGCCUGCAGACACUCUAAGUAAACAAAACAUCCCACCAGCGGCUUACCCUACCUAUUUAUUGAUGUCAAUACUGCAGCAUUUUAAAGUUGCAAAGGCUUUGUUUAGUGGACUAGAUUGGCUUGAAAGGAAUACUAAAAGAGCAGUACUUCAGAUUUGCAUGACAUUUGACACAUGCAUUUCACAAAAAGCUAUGCCUUACAAGCAAUCAGAAAAACACAAUGAAUGAUAAUACUAUAGCACUGGCGUCAGUCUGCUACUGUGUAAUUUGAUCUCUUCAUACAUUUCUACCAAUGGACCUCUUGGAAUGUCUGCAGGCACAGAGCCCCUCAGCUCCCAUUGGCUGGGAACAGCAAACUGCAGACAAUGGGAGCUGAGGGGCUCAGUGCCUGCAGACGCUCCAGGUAAAUAAAACGUCUAGGUCCGCUAGUGGCUUACCCUAACAGGCCAGAGGCAAAGAUUGCAAACCCCUGAAAUAUAGGGUCGGCUUAUGAAAGGGUCAUACAGUUUUUGCUAUUUUUACCUAAUCAUCUUUCGGGGGAGGGUCAGCUUAUAAAUGAACAGGCUAAUGAACGAGUCUAUACGGUACAUUUUCACAGCUCUGUACUGGAGGAAGACUCAGAUUUGAGCCAUUAUGUAGUUUGAGCACAAAACUGAAGUUUAUCGCCAUUGCACAGACAGGUUUCUGCAAAACAUGAAUCAUAUGCAAGUAUCAAUACUUUGUUACACUUGAUACACAGUAAUACAAUAGUAUGUUUAAAUGGUUCAAGUCUAUUAUAAAACUUUACUUCUUGUUAUUAAUAAUAUAUAACAGCAGCUAAAGUGAUAGAUGUGUGUCACUGAAUAAGACAUAAUAUACAUUUUCUUGUCCAUAUCAGUGGCAAUGUUAAUACACCUCUACCCCGAUAUAACGUGACCUGAUAUAAACACAAAUUCGGAUAUAACGCGGUAAAGCUGCACUCUCGGGGGGCGGGGCUGGGCGCUCCAGCAGAUCAAAGCAAGUUCAAAAUAACGCGGUUUCACCUAUAAUGCGGUAAGAUUUUUUGGCUCAUGAGGACAGCGUUAUAUCGGGGUAGAGGUGUAUGUUUAGAAAACAAGAAAUUUGUAUUUAAGUAAGUGAAAAGCAGACACUGGAUAAAAUAAAUCUUCAACAAUAGAUAACCACGCAAAAGACAAUUUGAGAGCUAACACUGGCAACAGAAAAAUCACAAUAAAAGUUCCUUUAAAGUAAGUUUACGUUUAAUGACAUCUAAUUUCACAAAUGAGAAUAUUUAGUGGAUUUUUUAAAAGUAUAUAGAAGCAAAUUAUAUCAGAAAAUUGUGGAACUGUUUCUAUGCAAAAUUACAAAACCUAGUUACUAAUAAUAAGGGUGAUACGGUGUAACUUUUCAUUAUUAAACAUUGACAGAAUAAUCAUUUUUAGCAAUAUAGCCGAUUAAAUUCUCUAACAUUUAAAAAUAUAUGCCCGAGUCUGAAGAAAUCAUUCUCUUAAGUUUCUGCCACUGAAAUGAAAUCUCAUGUAUAAAAAAAGAUUGCCAAUGUAACUUGCAGUAUCUAAAAAUUGGUAAUUUGAUAAUGCAUUGAUAUGCACUAGUAGUAUCCUGAUCACACACUCAGCCCACUAACUGUCAAUAUAUUUUAAAGAAAUUGUCUUUUCUUGGAAUAAUCAGAAUGCAUUAGAUUUAUCACUGGUAAAAUGUUAGUGUAAUUACGUUAAUCAAAUAUAGCUUACAUAAUGGAAAAAUGUAUAUCAUAUUGAUAUGACAAUCUAUGACCUCAGCUGAAGAGUGCCAGCUUCCUCACAUGUACAGUAUAAAAUAUUGUAGUCAAGGAACAUGUGUACUGUGUAACAUUAUGUACCAUUAAAAUAAGCAUGUUUACAUUUUAUCUGAAACCAUCUAGAAUGCUAAGAAUGAAGAUAAAUUUCACUGAAUCAAAGAAUCACUUGAAAAACAGCACAUAAUAUUCAGCAUGCAAAACAUCUCUUUCAUGUGCCAGUUUAUAUGAAGGAUUUUUUUUCCAUUUCUGAUAAUUUUGUGUGCUGGAAUUAUACAGUAGGGAAUGUUAUCAUAUAUGUAAAAUGUUCUAUACCGUAAAACAUGAUAUAUGGGUAGUGUCUAUGUUAGCCUUUAAAACUCAUCAUUUCAUUAUGAGAAAAAAUCAGGGUAAAACAGUAAGAAAUGUGCUUUAUGAAUAUGUAGACAACUUUGGGGAUGGAAUGUUGCAUUUUCAGAACUCUGCAAUAUGCUAUUUUAACAGGCUUUAUACUAUAUAUUGUGUAGAAAAAUUCUAAGACUUAGCAACCAUGGGAUUAUUUAUAAAAAAAAAUAAAAUGUUUUUAAACUUGCAAAUCAAUUCACACAAAUUAUGUUUAUAA